GAAAAAAUUGAAAGAGAAAAAACUGCUCAACUGCAAUGGCGGGAGGAGUAUUAUUGCAGUGCGGCGAUUGCGGAACUCUGCUAAAAUCAGCAGAAAAAGCUCAGCAGCACGCGAAGGACAAUCGCCAUACUAACUUCCGCGAGUCCAAUGAAGCUUUUGUCUACCUCGUUUGCAAAGUUUGCGGCAAACGUUGCGUUUGUAAAACCGAGAGUUCUUUUCAUACGAGGAGGAGUGGGCAUACUGAAUUUCAUGACAGGACAGCAGAGGUGGCGGAAGAGGAAGGAAGAAGAACCAGGGCGGAACUUCGUCAGAGACUGGAAGCAGCACUUGAUCUUUUGAAUGAGGCAGAAAGAAGAAGACAGUUUGGUUUGCCUUCCAGACCUGUUUUAGAGGAAGGACAGAGUUCAUUGCCUCUAGCUACAAGGGUCGAGCAGAUGAGUGGGUGCCUGUGGACUAUCCAACAGAAUCACAUGGAUGAUGCGGCCAAAGUCAUGACAGCUUUCAACACACUACUUAUGUUUGUUAAGAAUGUUACGAUGUAUCCAGAUGAGGAGAGAUACCGCAGAAUUAGAAUCAACAAUCCUGCAUUCCAGGUGAGGGUUGGCAACCUGCAAGGAGGUAUCGAGUUCCUUGAGCUCUGUGGAUUCGAAAGAAUUGAAGGGGGCAACUACUUGUACAUGCCGAGAGAAAAUGUGGAUAUCAAUUUGCUUUAUUCAGCUGGAGUUGAGCUGAACAAAGCCAUUGGAAAUCCAUAAUGCAUCUUCAUCUUUUGCCAAUAAUAUAGAAGUUAAAUGUACUAUUGUGUAGCAAUUAGCAAAUCAAGAAAUUGUAGGACAUAUGCUCUUUAUGGGAAACAAGAGUAUUAUUUUGCGUUGGACAUUAUCAACCUAUGGAAAACAAUUAUUUUGCGUUUGACAUUUUCUAAUUAACAUAUGAUUUUAUUUUA